AUGAGUGCCUCAGCUGCUGCAGACGAGUUCGCUCGAAUGACCUCGGGUUCAAAAGGAGCGGGUUCCCUCCCCCAUCCCGAAGACAUUCUAGAAGGUAGCGAUAAGAAACAAUCCUAUACCAAGUCAAACAGCAGCGGCAGUGUCGGAACAAACAGCGACACCGACGAGAUCGACGACCUUGGUAACUCAUCCGACGAUUCAAAAAGAAGGUCAUCAAGAAGAACCACAUACAUUCAUAAGAAGACAAACUCCAUCGCCCCUUCCAUUCGCCCGGCUUCAUCCAUUAUAGAUUCAAUGCCUCAAUACAGACUGGCUUCCUAUGGCGCGGCCAACACUGGCCCCAAGGGAGUUUUGGCUGAUGCAAGAAGUUUCGAAUUAGCAAAGAAGAGAGAGAUGCAGGCGAGACAAAAUACUACCUAUGGCGCAAAGAAUGGUUCGGAUUCCCAUAGUGCUCCCGGCAUCCAUGCCCGUCUUCUACAAGAAGAUGAGAGAGUGCGACCAUCCGUGGAUGAGUUUGACGAGGAUGAUGACUUGAUGCAACUGUGGAGGAAGAAGAGACUACAAGAACUUAAGUCUGGUUCCAACAGCUACAACCGGAAGAAGGUUUCUAGCGGCCGAAAGUACGGACGACUGGAGCACGUGGAUGCGGGCGGGUACCUAGACGCCAUCGAGAAGGUUACGGCGGAAACCGUUGUCGUCGUCCUAAUAUAUGAUGAGAGGUCAUCUGAGUCCCAAUUCGUCGAAGACUGCAUGGGCACUCUUGCAAGACGCCAUGUAUCUACCAGGUUCAUCAAGUUGCAUCACAGCGAAGCAGAGAUGGACCGCGAAGUCGUUCCCGCUCUCCUCGCUUACAAAUCCGGUGAACUUAUUGUCAAUCUUCCCCGAGUCGUCGACGAAAUCCCUACCGGACGAAACCUGAGCUCUGAGAGUUUGGAGACCGUCUUGAGAAAGCACAACGCUAUCACGGGGGGUUCUCCUAUGUCCAGCAGUACCGGUCUGGCAUCAUCGGCUACUUCCCUCUAUGACUGGGAUGACGAUUGA